AUGCCACAGCAACCUAUUUUGUUUUGUGAGAUCUUCGACGCUUGGGGGGUAGAUUUUAUGGGCCCCUUUCCACCUUCCCACGGUUACACCUACAUUCUCCUAGCCGUAGACUACCUCUCUAGGUGGGUAGAAGCCAUUCCCACACGUAAAGAUGAUGCAUCUACAGUUUCCAAAUUUCUAAAGUCCACCAUCUUCAGUAGAUUUGGGGUACCUAAAGUGCUAAUCAGUGAUCAAGGAACCAACUUCUGCAACAAGUUACUCAAUAACUUGUUGGCAAAGUAUGGGGUUUCCCAUAGAGUGUCCACCCCUUAUCAUCCUCAAACCAAUGGUCUGGCUGAAGUAUCAAAUCGAGAGAUCAAAUGCAUCUUGGAACGGAUUGUUAAGCCCUCCAACAGAGAUUGGAGUUUACGACUAGAUGAUGCACUAUGGGCCUACCGCACCACCCACAAGACCCCAAUCAGUAUGUCUCCGUAUCAGAUCAUCUAUGGUAAGGCCUGUCACCUUCCGGUGGAGCUGGAGCAUCGAUCAUACUGGGCGGUAAAGAGCUAUAAUACCGAUUUGGAGGAGGCUGGCAUGAACCGAUUCCUUCAAAUUCAAGAACUUGAAGAAAUGCAGUUAGAAGCCUACAACAGCUCAGGCAUCUACAAGAAGAAAACCAAGCUUGUCCAUGAUGCCAACAUCUUAAGAAAGAAGUUCAAGGAGGGUGACAAGGUGUUGAGGUAUUAA